CAACGUACCAACCGACCUGAAACACUGUUGCGGAGCCAAAUGUAGGCGCCAGGACGUUAAAGAUCAGUUAAACGUUACAGGAAAACAGUUUUAUAGUAAAUGCCGUCUUCAAACAGACUCACUACGAAUCAGUAUUGUAUGUGUUUCAUAAAAAAAAAGAUUCCUUGCGUGUUUUCCCGGAGCGGUCCAGAGCAUCAGAGGGAAUAACAGCGGAAAUGUUGGGAAAAACCGGAGCUUCUGUUAGUCAGCAUCCUGGGAAUACACGGACAUCUUCGCAGGAAAACACUGAAGAAUGUGAAACCAAGCACUCAGCGAUGCAGCAGGAGGCUGGGAGCCAAUCAGAACAGCCUCCUGCAGACGCAUACUACAAAUACGAGGAGCUUCACUCCAAACCGUACAUCACACCCAACUCUGACAUCCCGCAGAACCUCCUGCACCUCUCUCACUCCUUUGGCUAUGACAGUGGACGCAGGGCAAACCUGAAGCUGCUGGAUGACAGAACUCUGAUUUUUAUAGCAGGGAACCUGCUCGUCCUGCUGGAAGUGAACACCAAGAAGCAGAGAUACCUGUGCUCCUGCGGUGGAGGGGGGAUCGGAGCGAUCACGGCACACCCUCGCAAGGAGUACUUUGCUGUAGCAGAGAAGGGGAAACAGCCCAACAUCAUAGUCUAUGAAUAUCCUUCGUUAAGGCCUCACCGCGUCCUCAGAGGUGGCACCGAGAGGAUGUACAGCUUUGUGGAAUUCAACCGUGAUGGAAGCUUGCUGGCCAGUGUGGGCAGUGCACCCGACUACAUGCUGACGCUGUGGGACUGGAGGCGGGAGGAGGUGACGCUGAGCUGCAAGGCCAUUUCGCAGGAAGUCUAUCGAGUCAGCUUCUCGCCGUACAACCCUGAACUGCUCACAUCAUCUGGAUUCGGGCACAUCAAGUUUUGGAAAAUGGCUACCACGUUCACAGGUCGUAAAUUACAGGGACUUAUUGGACAUUUUGGGACUAUUGCACCAACUGAUAUUGAGGGCUACGUGGAACUUCCUGAUGGAAAGGUGCUGUCAGGCACAGACUGGGGCAACUUGCUGCUGUGGGACGGGAAUACCAUCAAGGUGGAGAUUUGCCGUAUGGACGGCCAGACCUGUCAUGCAGGGAUGGUACAACCGUUUGCCCUAGAAGAUGGACAGCUGAUGACGACCGGCUCCGAUGGUGUUGUCAGGGUGUGGGACUUUGAGAGGAUCAGCGAGGCUGACGGUAACAGCGACGGCAGCAGAUUUGAGAUGGAGCCCAUAAACGAGCUGGUGGUCGGGCCCAACGUUCGCCUCUCCUCCGUGGUGCGGAGCUCCCUGUCCGACUCCUUUGUUUGGUUUGCUCAGGAUUCUAAUGGAGCCAUCUGGAAACUGGACCUUUCGUUCACCAACAUGAGUCCUGAUCCAGAGUGCCUGUUUUCUUUCCACGUUGGAAUGAUUCAAGGCCUGGACGUAUCAAAGAAUUCCCACCUGAUGGCGACAACCACUCUGGAUCGUUCGGUCAAAGUUUUUGACUUCCUGGCGAAAAGAGAACUGACCACCAGCCGCUUCACUCAGGGAGGAACUGCUCUCUGCUGGGCUCCACCUGUGGUGAACGAGAGUGGAGGUUUACUGGUGGCCGGCUUUGAGGAUGGGGUUGUACGCCUGCUGGAACUACAUGACCGUCACAGACUGCAUGUAGUCUCAGGAUCUAGAUCUGAAGGAGAUGCAAUGCUGAGCCUCAGACAGGCCUUCAAACCGCAUAAUGCUGCUGUUACAGCUGUGGCAUUUGAAAAUGGAAAGAUCCUGGCCACAGGGAGUGCUGACUGCACUGUGUUCUUCUUCACUGUUGGAGGAAAAUACAACCCCAUUGGUUUUAUCCACGUCCCCGGGCCGGUGCAGGCGCUGGAGUGGUCACCGGGCUCACAUAGAGAAAACAGGCUGCUCGUCCUGUGUCAGAGCGGUCACGUGGUCGAGGUGCAAAGUCCUGAUCGAGAAACUCAGAACCCGACCAGCACCUUUCAUCUCUCUGCGCUGCCCAGAAAAUCCUUCAAGUUCAAAAGUAUCAAGUCUCAAAUUAAGAGGGAGGAGGUUAUUGCAAAACAUAAAGCCAUGAAGGAGAAGAAGAAGAAAGAGAAAGAAGAGUGGUUAAAAGAUGCAACGCAGCCAGAUGAAAAACAAGAGGAGGAGGAAGAAUUACCUCCCAUCUACAUCCCUGAUCCUCCAAGUCCUCUCUGCUGUGGCUUCUAUUCACAGCCCGGCCACUUCUGGCUCUCAAUGGGAGGCUUUGACUCAGGCUUCCUGUAUCACUGUAAGUUCUCUGAGAAUCAGGAUCAGGAUCCUGAGCAGCGGCAGGACGAACCAUUCGGCUUCCUGCCUGUCCACAAUGCAGACGAUGACCCCAUCCUUUCCAUCACGUUCAGCUCCAACAGGAAGCUGCUUCUCUGCGGCAUGAACUCGGGCUCCAUCAGGGUUUAUCCUCUGCACUCUAGUGACCACAGCCUCACCUCCAUGCAGGCCUACUGGGCUCUCAGCGUCCACGACAACCAGUACGGUCACCUGCGACACAUCCGGUGCAGCCACGACGACCUCUUUGUGCUGACAGCGGGAGACGAUGGGAACAUCUUCUCCUUCAGCCUGCUUCCUCCAGAGGAGCUGCAGAAAAGCCUGCAGAGAAAGAGCGCUGAGGUUCCUUCACCCCUGAUGGAUCUCGAGAAUGAGGCAUUGGCUCUAGACAUUGAGGACCCAGCAGCCUGCAGCUUGGAGAUGGCUAAGCAAAAGCUGCAAAGCGACCACCUGCACCAGGAGGCUGAGCUAAAGAUUUCUGAAAAGCAGAAGAAGCUGAGUAAACUCCAGAAGAAGUUUAAAAAAGUGCUGAAUGACAACCAGAAUCUGCCAGAGCAGGUUCGCCUGAAGCCUGAGGAGCUGCAGCUGGACCGGCGACUUUAUCCACAGGCAGAGAGGCUGAAGGCUCAGCAGCUGAUGGAGGUCAGAAAGCAGCUGGCCUGGGAGCAGGAGCGCUGCAGCAUAGCACUAAAAAAACUACAGGACUGGUGCGGGGACUCUCUGGGGACCAACGUGGACACUGUGGUUGCCAUCCGAACCAACCACAGUGUCUCCACUUACCCUCUGCCAGUGCUUGCCAAGCCUUCAGCUCAGGUCAGGCAUCAGAGCGCACCCAGCCAGCCUGAUGGAGACAAAGAUGCUGCGCUAGACUGCAGGAAAUUCAGAGCAGAGCCUGCAAAAAGCAGCAGCAGGAUAGAGGAGGAGGUGUUGCGUCCCCCGGUGAUUCGUGCAACAAGGAUCAAGCUGGGAGCUCGGCAGGAGGAGCGACUACGAAAGGCUGCAGAGAAAGCCGAACAAGCUCGUGCCAAAAUAGAAAAGAGGAGGCAGGAGUGGGCGCAAAUUUAUGCAGAGAAGCCAAGUGAGAACUGUGAGGAUCCAAAGGAUGUGGAGGCCAUCCGUGAAGCCAAAGAGAACAUCGGGGAUUUCAUCAGGGUGAAACACCAGAGGGUGACCGUUGGGAUGAAGAGAGAAGAAGUGAUUGCCUUGCAGGAAAAUAUGCGUGAAAAGCAGAGUGAGAUGAACAGACGGGUCCUGGAGUUGCGGGACUCAAAACUUCGCCUGGUGUCUUGGUUGCAUGUGCAAGCUCAGCGGCUGCAGGAGGUCCAGCAGCGCCUGGCAGCUCACCUCCACCGGCCUCCACCCAUCCUGCCCACCAUUUUACCAGAGGAAACCCCAGAGGAGAAGCUGCAGUGCAGCCAUGCCAUCUUGGAGCGAUACCGGACACUGAGGGAGCAGAGGUUUAAGGGCUUGGAACAGGAGGAGCAGGAGGGAGCAGUGAGUUUGUUGGAGCAGCUGGAGAAAGAAAUGAAGGAGGAGAAAAAGGAAGAAGAGCAGAAGAGAGAUGAAGCAGAAACUCCCAGUUUGUCUGUAACCAGAGAAGAAGAGGAGACAGGCGUGGAUGAAGGAGCAGAGCUGAGCGAGCUAGAGGAGGAGCUGCAGAAAAAGGAGGAGAUCAGACUGCUGCAUGAGCAGAACUCUUUGCUGGAGGAGAUGGAGAGUUCGAUUAGUCAGUUUGAUGAGGCACUCCGGCUGCUGUGUCACCAAAAAGUGCGCCUGGACAUGGGGCUGAAGCUGGAUGACCUCCGCCUGAUGACACUAUCUCAGGAGAUGAUGCUCCUCAAACAAUUUCAGUGGAGGGAGGACGGCCUGCAGGAGAAGCUCAGCAGCUGCCUUAAGAAGGAGAACAGCAUCGCAGCAAAGCUGCAGGAGUGUUACGAACAGCUGGAGCUGAAGAGGAGAAACAUAAACAAGCUGCAGGAGAGAGAGAAGGCUCUGACCGCCGCCUUCAAGUCCUCGCUCGGGGAAAACAACAAGUAUGAAGAGUUUCUGACCAAAGUCUUCAAGAAGAAGAUCAAACGUGUGAAGAAGAAGGAGCCGACGGGAAAUGAAGAAGAGGAGGACAGCUAUGAAGACUCUGAUGAAGACGAUAACUACGAUGAUGACGACGACGAUGAUGAUUAUGACAGCGAGGAAGGAGGAGCUCCUGUGAACGACGGUGUUUGCCCUGAAGGCUGUGAGCCAGAGCUGUUUGAGAACACGCUGCAGCUGCGUGAGCGUCGACUGGACCUGGAGGAGCUGUUAGCAGAGGAGAAAAAGAGCGCCGAGGCCCUGAAGACGGAGAGCGACAACCUCGCCAAGAAGGAGAAAUCAGUGAAGAGCAGUCGGGAGGCAGUAGAAGACGACUUGGAUUUACUAAACAAGGAGAUUCUGCAGAAAAUGAGUGAGCUGGAUGUGGUGGUUCCUCUGAGACUGCACCAGAUCAAGUACGUUGUUGACGGCUCAAUACCGUCAGACCUGAGCGAGGUGUUGGUGCUGGACACAAAUGAGCUGGACAGGCUGCACAAGCGCAUCCAGCAGCUACAGGCAGAAAAGCUCCAGCAGAAACAUCUGCACCGUGAAGCUCGCCAGCAGCACGCCAAGCUCAUCCACGACCGCAGGGACAUGGCUGCCACGAUCCAGACGCUGGAGAAACAGUGCGAGGAGCUGAUGAUGACAAAGUUUGGGAAGCUUGUGGAUUUGGAGGCUUUGCAGAUGCUUUCAGGGAACAGGAGGCUGGAGGAGCUAAAGCAGGAAAAACUCCUCAAAGACGCCGCGUUCACCAAAGAGAUCAGACAGUGGGAUGCUAAGGUAGAAGAAGCACGUCAGGCUCUGAUGGAGGUGACCACGUGUCACACAGAGCUUCUGCGCAGGAUGACGGGCCUGAACGAAGAGAAGAGGGAUCUCAGUCUUAAACUCAGCGGCAGGCAAAAGAAAAUGGGCAGACAGCAGUUCCAGGACACGGACCAGGAGGAGAUCCGGAAGCUCCAAGAGCUGGUGAGAACCCAGUCUCAGCAGGCUGAAGCCCUGAGGAGAGAGAUCCGACUCCUGUCGUGCAAAGGGGGUCACAUCCUGCCCCCUGAUCAGACCAGACUGCCCCCACUCGCCCCCUUGCCCACCCCCACGGGCAGUGUUUACACUGGGAAAUAAAGACUGUCCACACAGCUCAGCAAAGAGUGUGAACUA